AUGACCUGCUCUGCUUCUGAAAGUGGGGAUGAGAGCCUCUGUCCUCCCCCUCCCAGGUGUCGUGUGGAUUGCUUAACAUCACAUCUUGGAGAGGAAAAACGUUCCAGGACUCCACGGUGCAGGCCAAUGGGGGCUGGCUCUCGGGACAGUCCUCUUGUCAGGCUCAGAAAAGGUGGUGACCUCUGCCCUGUUCCUCCCACUGGGUCUCGUCUGGGAAGAGGAGGAAAUGGAGGCCCAGGGAACCUAGGUAACUUGCCUAACUGCACAAGAGUAGUGAGUAAUGGAGACAAGAUUUGCACCCUGGUCCCUGUGUGA